AUGACGGACAACAAUAACGUCGACUUGGACGCGCUGCUCGAUCUAUCAGAGUACGAUGCCAUCCCCAGCUAUGGCUCGCCGUCCAUGUCUCCUUCGUCUUCAUCAAAGCCAAUCUUCGCCAGCCCCGUCAGCGCCGCCGUGACGACGCCCAGCAUGAUGACGACGCCCAGCCUGAGCGGCCCGAGUCACAACUAUGACAUGUACCGCCAGCAGACUGGCUUUGUGCCCGGAGCCAUCGCCAACACAAUGGCCGUCAACGAGUCGAGCAACGCGGGCUACCAGGAUUUCGGAAGCCUCGACUUCCUGACCAGCUUCACUCCCGAGAACGAAGUGUUCGACUUCAACACCUCGCCCUCGCAGACCACCAUUGGACCGACCGAGGCCAUGGACUUUGAGUCGCCCGCCGAUUCCCAACUCUUCUCGACCAUCAACCCCAGCAGCAUCGAGCAGGAGAACAUCGUUUCGCCAGUCCCUACAAACCAUUCAGGCAGCGUUGGCCGUCUGUGGCCCGGUGCGCACUCUCAGGCUGCCAUGGCCAAGGCUCAUGCCCAACAGAGGCAGCAGCAGCACAUCAUGCAGCAGCAACAGGCUCAGCGCCAGCCCGCUCAGUCAAAGCCUCGUGGCAAGCUGUCGCCUCACAACGACCCCAUUGUCGAGCAGAAGAUUACUCAGCUUCUCAACUCGAUGCGGGCUAAGCCUGCUCCUCCGCCAUCCGACAGCCCGACUCCUACCACCAACCUGAGCAGGUCUAAGAAGGAUGAAGAGGAAAUGGAUGAGGACGAACGUCUUUUGGCCAGUGAGGAGGGCAAGAAGCUCAGCAGCAAAGAGCGGAGACAGCUGCGCAACAAGGUCUCCGCCCGUGCAUUCCGAUCAAGAAGAAAGGAAUACAUCACCCAGCUCGAGUCUGAGGUCUCCGGUAAAGUCACCGAGAACAAUGAUCUGCGUGCUCAGAACCGCGCUCUUGUCGAGGAGAACAAGCGCCUGUCUGCUCUCACUCGCAUGCUCCUCUCUUCUCCCUCAUUCUCCAACUUCUUGGAUCACCUCAGCUCAAACCCCUCCGUGGCUGCCCAGCCCCAGGUCAAGCCUGAGCCUCAGCAGUCGCCAGAGCAGCGAUCCGUCAAGGAUGUGAACCCUUAUGGCGCUCAGCCCUCUCAGCAACAGAUUGGCAUGGCUAUGAUCCCUGAGCAGAGCAUGGACUAUUCCAUGUUUAACCUCGACGGCUUCAACUUCCAGCCCCAGGUUUUCGUUGUGGAGACUUCCGAGGUGCCUUCUCCUAUCGAGUCUAGCAUCCUUUCUGGCAAGACAUCCAGCUUCGUCGAGCAGACUUUCCAGUCUGAUGACGAGAAGGUUGAGGUUCCUGUCAUCAAGCGACCCAUCGAGCAGGCUCCCGUUGUCCAGACCGAGGCUGCGCCAGUCGAUGAGGAGUUUGAGGCAGACCCCGAGUUCGCCCUCUUCCACGCCGAGCCUACAUCGUCCCGCCCUGAGUCCCAAGCCCUUGACACUGACAGCCUUACACACGUCGACAUCUUCGGUGGCAUUGAGCCCGAGAAGAUGUUGUCCAGAAUCGAGCUUGUCGAUGCCACCGAAGAGGAAGUCAGUGCCGCAUUUGCCAUGGCCCGAGUACAAAGUAUAAGUGCCAGCAUAGAGUCUCUAGUCUCAAGGCUAGAGAUCUUGACCAUGGACCUUUAA